UCGCUCCUCGUUUAUUCGUCUUUCCUUUCACGAAACGCGCGUUUGUGUAUUAAUAUUGAAUGAGAAGAGCUUCCUAAAUAAAUUUUCAACAAAUUUACGGUGAAACUCCAACAGAAAACCACAAGAAAUGGAUCUAUUCGUUCCCGUACAAUAUCGGGAGGUACCGAUGAGACAGCUUUUUUCGAAUUCCAGCAGCUGGCGCGAGAUAAAUGUUAGCACCGGGGGAAUCCAUAACAUGCUUCAGGAUGUUAAAACAUCGGAACAAUGUGGAGGGUACUGCUUCGCUGAGCGGGAGGACUACCGUUCGAAUCGAUUCAUUUAUUGGCGAACAUGUCGUGAUUCAAUCUUUCUGAGUGAAGUGAGUAUGAAUCUGAACUUGUCUAAGAAUAAUUUAAAGAUCGGUUUCGACGAAAGCCCGAUUCUGACGGUUGACAUCAGCGGCAAUCAGAUGCAGGUUUUCGUGCUCAUUGUGACGGUUACCAGUGUGCACCGAAUCGUUUUGAGACAUCCCAAGGUCAACAGUGUGAAUCCAGAUGGAACGCCGGAAUCUAUUCUGGGAACCGUUACAAGAGAGCAGAUUUGUGAUGCGGCUUCAUUCUACGUUAUUAGCAAUGAUAUUGGCCAAUCUCUACCGGCAAAUGCGGCUGCUUACCGGGCAGAAUACGACACGGGUGAUAGUGAAGCCUUUUUCGCAGUAUCGACAGUUUCGGCCUUAUUUAUGUUCCAGUUGGGUCAGCAUGGUGGCAUAAAAAUAACCGAACUUAAACAUAAUCAACUGAUUUCGAGGUUCUUCUCCAAUAUAACGGACGCUUGGAGAAAGAAGAACGCCAACGCUCCGGAUCAAAUUGUCUCGCUAAUGUUUGAUCAGUUGAACGGUCAUUCCGUGUUGUAUGCCUUUUAUCGGAACAAUGUGGUUCGUAUGUGGAACACCAGUGGAUCCAACGUUGGUGCCGAGUGCUUUAUCAAAAAUGGCGAUCAAAAACAGGAGGGAUCACAAACCAACAUGGUUCGGAAAUCGGAUAACCUCAUGGCUGUGUUUCUGGCAUACUCUGAUUGUUCGGAAUUUAUUAUACUUCGACCGACGUCGACCGAUUCCGGCAAUGUUACUCUUGUAAAGGAGAGCGCAAUUCUGGCUCCGAACUACGAUUUAAUCGAUUUCAAAUUAUCGAAUCAAAGCAUCUGGGCACUAUGGUGUAAUGCGGAAGGAGAAAUGCAAGUCCUCACGUAUUCAUUGCGCAGUGAAGUCGACAGCUUCUGGCUUCCGAUUCCGUUGGAAACCAUGGAUGACAAGUACACAGCCAAACUGGAGAAAGGUACCGACCUAAAACAUGUUUACUGCAGCCGUAUAUUCCAUUCCGGUCGUUUUCACAACAACGUCAUUGCCAAGACACUUUCGAUGUUCAAUCGAAGUUUUACCUACUCGGGAGCUAAUAUUUCCACGGCGGCCCUAAAACGCCACGUGUGCAGCUACAUCGAUGGUGAGUUGCAAAACGAACGCAAAGUGCAGAACAUCUCCGACGAGGAGUUCAUCGAGUUGUCUUCCAAUCUUUGGGAGAAGUUCUACAUGUGCUGCUCGCAGUACAACUUCGAAGCUUGUCAGCCGAUCGGGGUGCUUAUUCUGGACCGCAUGGAUGCAUUCUGCUUGAUCCGUAAAAAGUUUAUUUCGUUCUUCCGGCCGUGUGACGAACUGGAGGUUGCGUUCUUGUCUGAGAACUACCCGGGUAGCGUAAUCACCGGUGGCGCUGGUGGUGGCAAAUCACUGCAGCAGGAUGUGGCUGUGCUGAUUCGAGUGUUGAAGCAGAUCGAUAAAUUUGUACCCGAGGACGAUAAGCUGGAGAUCGAAUCCUGCUUGUUCCAGCUGCGUUCGACCAAAGAUGUGAUGGAAGGCAUCGCAGCGUCGCAAUGUUUUGGAAAUCAGUGUAACCUUACUUCUGUCAUUCAAUCGAUUGAAGAUCUACCGAAAGCUAUGGCCGUCGUAUUGCAAAAACUUAAACUGGACUAUGAACCCUCGCCGGAUUCAAGCUUUAUCUCGUUCUCCAAACAACUGCCAUUCGGUGGGCUACUGGGUGUGCAACUGCUCACCGAAACCGUUCGCCAAAUGAUCCAGCUACGCUACAUGGUGGUGCGCAAUCUGAUUGUCCUGCAGCACCUGCUGUUGAACAACUUUGCCCUCAACUGCAAUGCGAUGGAGAUCAUUCGGUCCAAGUGCAUUCCGGACAGCGAGGUGUUCUUACAGUCGUACUACGUCAUGAACUGGAUCGCAGAAUCGACGGUGGAUUAUGCGGCAAUUAGAAGCAAAUCGUUGGAAAGUGAUGUCUCAUUGGUGAUCGGCUAUGAGGAAGCCUAUGCGUUUGAGUACAUAUCGUUGUUGCACCUGUUUGUGGCCACCCGCGGUUUGAAAACUUGUAUGUCGACCGAAGAGGGUCAACGAAUUUCGGGCAGCUCCGAGUGGUUCUCGGUGCUUUUGAACAUUUCCAAUGGUUUACUUCGUCUCAUAUGGCCAGUAGCUGGGGAUUUCACGUUCGGACAGUGGCUAAUGCAAGGAGAGAUGCACACGUUUAUCGAGGAAUACGUUCGGCUGCUCAACUCAUGGUGCGAAUGGAACAAUUGUUCUAGAAAUUUCAUUUUGGCAAAAUCCUAUUUAAUGAAUGGAGAAAAUGCAAAAGCAUUGGACCUCUUUCCCCAAUCAGCGAAGGGAAUUAUCAAAGAGCCAUACCUCGUAAAUUUCACCAAACCGUCCGAUUUGUCUUCGGUGCCGCCAGACGAACUGCUCAGCAUUUUUUACCUGAAGGUCAUUCGCUUAUUCGAACACUACGGAGCUUACGACUGUAUCAAUGUGUUGGCGCAGAUUGCCAUAGGCACGUCGGUACACAGCAAGCAACAGGCUAUGUUCCAGAGCAUUGAUUUCAGUAGUCACAUGGAAUUGGGCCAUUAUGAGGAGGCGUAUCACUCUUUGGUAUACAAUUGUGAGAUCACCCGGAAGAAGGAUUGUCUGCGGCAGCUGGUAUGGCGCCUGUUUCAAGCGAAAAAGUUUAACGUUCUGGUCGAUCUUCCGUACUAUGGGUUAGAGGCCGACUUCCAAAAUAUCAUGGAAAUGCACGCUCGCUCAGUGGAGAUUUGCGAGAACAGUCAUUAUGACUUUUUAUAUUCGUACCACAUUCUCCAAGGAAACAUGCGAAAAGCUGCACUAAUCGCCUACGAGAAAGCGAUGCGUUGCCAACUAGAAUGUAACUCUUUGGUGUUCCUGAAGAUGCGAUGCGAAGCAUUACUCAAGUGUAUUAACGCCCUAAAUCUGGUGGUUCCGGAAUAUGCUUGGAUAGCAAAGCCAUCAAUUUUCAAGGAAAGUAAAUCUCAAGUCGAGUCGACACCGCAAAUCGAGGUAGUCAGUCUACAAGAUAUUCGGAAGGAACUAAUGGUAACGGAGGCGGUGCUGGAGAUCUCCAAACAUCUCGAAGAUUACCGAGCAGUGCUCGAUGUGGACACCAAUGAGCUAAUUGUCAUUCUAGCGAACGCCAAAUUGUACUCGACGGCAUUCAAGUUGGCCCAUGCGCUGGACAAAACCGUACUGCCCGUGUACGAAAGUUUGGCGACGUCGUGUGUUAUGUGCUGCAUGCAAGAAACAGCUGACAAUUGGGACUGGUUGCAUAAGAAUAAUUUAACAGAUUCCGUUAUCAGCCAGGACAGCACUGAUACAGCUUGGAAGUUUUUGAAGCAUUGUCUAUCCAAUGAAACCAAGAACCAGGAAGCCUGUCACGUCGUUGUAAUGAAUCAGAUAAUUUCGAAGAAUGCAUUCCCACCUCAGUGGUUGACUGAUUGGUGUAUGAACAAGACACCAACGAAGCUUCUGCAGCUGUAUGUCAAUUACGGUCGUUUAGAAGAAGCUUUCGACAUUGCCGUGAAGUUGAUUCAAGCGCAGCUAAUUGGCCGUAGCUCCAUUACUGAGCUGCAUUUGAAUCGGUUCCUGUUGCCGGUUACCUUGAUUGAUCGCCUUCAGUAUGAGAUGAGCAAGGAGGUGAAAUUUCAAGAGAAAACCAAUCUACUGGGACAACUUAUUGGUUGUAUUGCGAAGUGAAUGAUUAUUUUUAAAAGUAAUAGUCUAUUGAAGAAAAAAAUGCUUGAUCGAGAUAUAAAUGUGAUGGUCUCAA